AUGGCCAAGUCAAAAGCAGCUCCUGCCAAGGAGACAGUCACCAAGAAGGAAAGUGUGACUAAAAAGAGAAAACCUGAAGAAGUCGAAGAAGAACCAGAAUCAGAUGAAGAAUUUCAAGUUGACGGAUUGAUUGAUGGUGAUGAUGAUUCAGAUGAGAGCGAAGAGGACGAAGAGGACGAAGAAGACGAAGAAGACGAAGAAGCCGACUCGGAAGAAGAAGAAGAUAAUGGCGACUUUGACUCUGAAGAAGAAUUAAAUAAACUCUUGGGCGAAGAAGAAGACCCCAGUGAUUAUUCCUCCGAUGAGUUUUCAGAUGAACCAAAAGAAGAAAUUUCUGGACUUCCCCUUAAAACUUUAUCCAUAAAUGAAAACGUCAAGAGCAAGUACUCUGAUGGAACCACCAGAAUAAUUAAACCGGAAAUCAACCCUGUGUACGAUUCAGACGACUCUGAUGCCGAGAACUUCAAUACUAUAGGAAAUAUUCCGUUGUCUGCCUACGAAGAAAUGCCCCACAUCGGUUACGACAUCAACGGAAAGAGAAUCAUGAGACCCGCCAAGGGAUCCGCUUUGGACCAAUUGUUGGAAAGUAUUGACUUGCCUGAAGGUUGGACAGGAUUAUUAGACCAAAACACCGGUACCUCUUUGAAAUUAACUGAUGAAGAAUUAGAAUUGAUUAGAAAGAUCCAACAGCAGGAAUCAACCGAUGAGAAUAUUAAUCCUUAUGAACCGCUCAUUGACUGGUUUACUAAGGAUCAGGAAAUCAUGCCCUUGACUGCCGUCCCUGAACCUAAACGUAGAUUCGUUCCUUCUAAACAUGAAGCUAAACGAGUAAUGAAGAUUGUCAGAGCUAUCAGAGAAGGUAGAAUCAUACCUCCUGACAAGGUCAAGAAGGAAUUGGAAGAAGAAGAAUUGAACUUCGAUUUAUGGAAGGACGAACAAGAAAUUCCUGACCAUAUCAUGAACUUACGUGCUCCUAAAUUACCUCCUCCAACCAACGAAGAGAGUUAUAACCCACCAGCAGAAUAUUUAAUGACCGAAGAAGAAAAAGAGAAAUGGUUAGCCGAAGACCCUCAGGAUCGUGAACGUAACUUUAUCCCGCAAAAGUACUCCUCAUUAAGACAAGUCCCAGGUUAUCAAGAUUCCGUGAGGGAAAGGUUUGAGAGAAGUUUAGAUUUGUACUUGGCUCCAAGAGUUCGUCACAAUAAACUUAAUAUUGACCCCGAUAGUUUGAUUCCGGAAUUGCCAUCCCCUAAGGACUUGCGUCCAUUCCCAAUCAAAUGUUCCACCGUGUACCAAGGACACACAGAAAAGAUUAGAACUAUUUCUAUAGACCCACAAGGAUUAUGGUUGGCUACUGGAUCUGACGAUGGUAGUGUCCGUAUCUGGGAAAUCUUGACUGGUAGACAAGUGUACAAGGUUCAAUUAAUAGACAAGGAAAUCAAUUCCGAUGACCAUAUUGAAAGUUUGGAAUGGAACCCCGAUUCGACCACAGGUAUUUUGGCUGUGUGUGUUGGUGAGCAUGUGUAUUUGUUAGUGCCACCGAUCUUUGGAUUUGAUAUUGAAAACAUUGGUAAAUUGAGAAUUGAAGCUGGUUGGGGGUACGAUACUUUUGGAAACAAAAAGCAAGAACUUAAAGUAAGUGGUGAGGAUGACGAGGAAGUCGACGACGAAGAAGAAGAAACCACUACUGAAAAGAAGAAGGAUGUUUCUAAAUGGUUCCCACCGAAUGCCGAACAAGCAACCAUGGGGAUCUCAGCCAUUAUCCAAUGUCGUAAAACCGUCAAGAAGAUAUCCUGGCACAGAAAGGGGGAUUAUUUCGUUACCGUGUCCCCAGAAAGUUCCAACACCGCUGUUUUAAUCCAUCAAUUGAGUAAGCAUUUGUCACAAUCGCCAUUCAAGAAGUCCAAGGGUAUAAUAAUGGAUGCGAAAUUCCAUCCAUUCAAGCCACAAUUGUUUGUUGCUUCACAAAGACAAGUCAAGAUUUACGACUUGGCCCAACAAGUGUUGAUCAAGAAGCUUAUGCCCGGUGUGCGUAUGUUGUCAUCUAUUGAUAUCCAUCCUCGUGGUGACAAUUUAUUGGCUUGUUCCUAUGAUAAGCGUGUGUUGUGGCAUGAUUUAGACUUGUCAUCUACCCCAUACAAGACAUUGAGAUAUCAUAACAAGGCCGUGAGAUCGAUCAAGUUCCACAAGGGAAACCUCCCACUUUUUGCAUCUGCUUCAGAUGAUGGUAACGUUCAUGUUUUCCAUGGGAUGGUGUAUGACGAUUUAAUGACCAAUCCAUUGUUGGUUCCUUUGAAGAAGUUGACUGGACAUAAGAUUAUUAACCAAAUUGGGAUUUUGGAUUUGGUGUGGCAUCCUAAGGAAGCUUGGUUGUUUAGUGCUGGUGCUGACGGAACUGCCAGAUUGUGGACUACAUAG